AUGAGCGACGGUGUGAAUAGCCGCAGCAGCUACCGGCCGCUACUACCGGCCACUACCGGAGGUUCUGCUGGUGGCCACAGCGGGCGCGGCCCUGGACCUCCUCCGCGUGUGACUUCAUUGCCCAAGAAAAGACAAGCAGUUUCCAUUGCCUGUGAUGCUUGCCGAAGCCGAAAGAUCAAGUGUGAUGGCCAGCAAACCUGCUUCACUUGCCGCAAAAACCAGAUAGAGUGCACGUACAAGACUCUGCGAGCAUCUCCAUCAACUCAGGAACUACAGCGCAAGUAUGCAGAGUCUGAAAACAAAGUAAAGAACUUUGAGGCCUUCAUUACGCUGCUUCGCUCGCACAAGGAAAAGGAGGCCAUGGAAAUCUGUAAACGAGUCCGAAGCGGUGUCGACGUCGAAACUAUUCUGAGCCUCGUUCAGGAUGGCGAUCUCCUCGUGCAGAUGCAUCUGCACCCUGAGACGCAGUUUCAAUAUACAUUUCCUUACAUUCGACACAUGCCAGCGUUUCUAUGUCAGCCAGAUAACGUCUAUCUAAACUCCCCUCUCUAUCGAUCAACCCGAACCGAACAACGUACGGAUACGACAAACGGUACAACUAGCAACGACUUAGGCGUACAAUAUUUUAUUCCUCACCAUGCGGCAGAGCUAGUGGAUCCCCGCUUUGGCUCGGUCAAACUAUCCGAGUGGACGGCAGUGACUCGGGAUAACGCCUUCCUCACCCACCUUCUCAAGAUCUAUUUCCAAUUCGAGUUUCCUUUCUUUCCGUUUUUCCACAAAGACUAUUUCCUGGAGGAUUUGAUUGCCGGAUGCGAAGAAUGCUGCUCAUCCCUUUUGGUGAAUGCUAUUCUCGCAGCCGCUUGUCAUGGCUACCGUAAUGUCGAAAACCGCGCCGAGUUUUGGGAUCCAAGCACCAUGGGAUACCGCUUUCUUGCGGAAUGCAGGCGACUCUGGGAACUAGAAAUCGGCAACAGCAGUCUAACGAAUAUCCAGGCAGCAACCAUCCUGUCUCUCACGUACAACAUGAACGGCUUGGACAAGGUGGGGUGGACAUACAUGAUACAGGCCAUAGCAGCCGCGGAAAGCAUAGACCUUUUCGGUGACGUGCCGGAUUCCGACAGCCAAAAGAUCAAGGUGGUGAAGACGUUCACUGCCUGGGGGCUUUACGGCUUCCAAGCGUUCAGCUGUUUUCAUCUUUUCAAACCGCCCGUUGUGAGGCAUGCGCCGCAAGCAAUACUGCCAGAUCCUGCCACCCACGCAAAGUGGUAUGGGGAGCUGUGGCUAAGCUAUCCGACAGAUCAGAGACUACUGCCCAUGUGGCAUGGCUAUACUUUCAAGGCAACGGCCGAGUUUCGUGUCAUCUUCAACGACAUGGCGUGGCAGGCUUUUGCUGAAGGCAGAAAGGGUCUUUCACGGAAGGAACAAGUCCAUUUUCAAGAACGUCUCAACACGUGGUACAACAAUCUGCCUCGCCAACUUUCAGCUAAUGAAGUUCUGUUGCCCAGCCACUUGAAAAUGCACGCAUUGAUAUUUAUCCUCGACCCUCUAAGCUCCUCCGCCGAUGAGUCCUCCCAGGAUCAAACAUUAUCGGCCGCAACUGUCCUGGCACUCGCCAAGAUAAAGCUAGAGACUUUGGUGCGGCUGUAUUAUGUUCAUCACGGUUUCGACUCCCACGACGUCUUUAUGAUGCAGUUUCUCAUGUUCCUCGGGUUCAUGCACAUUAGAUCGAUCGCUACUUCCCCGGCGGGCGAACUAAACGACGCCUAUCGCUCCACCAUUUACCUUGUCGCGAAAGGCCUUCGAACUCAAGGGCAAAACUACUACUUGGCAGAGGUGAUUUACAGAAUGAUGAGAGACGCCAUGAGUAGCUCGGAUCAAAAGUUUCUAGGCACCAUUCUCGACGUCAGCGUCGAUGACGAUGUCAGAAAGUCACUCAUAUCGCGACAUACUCGGUCGGCCUUGCCAAUUGAUAUCUUUAGCAUCAAUGAGGAUCCAGAGAAACAAAGACUCAGUAACCUUAUCAAUGUUACUGUCGAAACGACUUGA